AUGUACUACAACGAGAUAGAUCGACGCUUCAGACACAUGGCCCGACUCCUGACGGACACGGACUCUGUGUUUGACGAGGUCGAAAGGACGAGCGACACCUUGGGGCCAUUUUAUUACGGCUACACAGUGUCCGUUGGACCCGAUGGCAGGCCCGUGGCAAGGGAGUAUGGAAACAUCAGGCCAGAGCAGGUGCACGCCGUCGACUCCCAGAACCUCUCGGUUGAGACCAUCGUGGACGAUGGUCAAAAGCUGGUAAAGAUGGUGGCUGAGAUGCCCGGCGUUGAGAAGUCCGACGUCAAGAUCAGGGUGGAGAGCAAGACCGUGAACAUAGACGCAGAGCGUGGCAAGAAGAAAUACCACGCCGCGGUGCCGCUAAAGCCCAGAAUUGACACCAGCUCGGCAAAAGCCAGCUACAAAAACGGCAUUCUUGAGCUGACCUUCAAGCAGCUCGGGCCGGAAAAACCCAAAGGCAGAAUGGUGGAGGUUAAGGAGGCCGCCCAGCAGCAUGUUGGAAGGGGCGUGGCCGUUCUGCACCCCGGUGUUAUCCGCCGAUACGGCUGGGCCGCCGGCCAGAUCCUCGAGCUCGUCUACAACAAAAAGACGCACGUAAAACUGUGGCCCGGGUCUUCAAAGGAGCACGGCACGGACGGCAUCAGCAUCGACGGAGUUACCAGAUAUAACAUCGGCGCGGGGAUUGGCGACAAGAUCAGCGUCAGGGCGGUGGAGGCCGUCGACGCAGAGCAGAUCGUGCUGUCGCCCACCGAGAACAUCACGGUAGACGGCCUGCAGGAGUACAUGCUGCGCAAUUACGCCAACCAUGUCUUUACAACAGGCGACUCGAUAACGGCAGGCACCAGGUUGGGCGGCCGGGCCCAGUUUUUUGUAACCGGCACCAAGCCCGCAAAACCGGCCAUCGUUACCGAAAGGACAAUCUUCAAACUGGGAAGCAUGACCAAGGCCGUAAACCCAUACGUUCCAAGGAUAACGUAUGACGAGCUGGGCGGCCUGAAGAACGAGGUGCAGAAGAUCCGUGAGACGGUCGAGCUCCCCAUGAGACAUCCGGAGCUGUUUGAGCAGAUCGGCAUCGAGGCGCCCAAGGGCGUGUUGCUUUACGGUCCGCCGGGGACGGGAAAGACACUUAUCGCAAAGGCGCUGGCGGGCGAGACUAGCGCCCACUUUACCUCCCUUAGCGGUCCGGAGAUCAUGGGCAGACACUACGGCGAGAGCGAGGAGCGCAUUCGGGAGAUAUUCAGGCAGGCAGAAGAGCAUGCGCCCAGCAUAAUCUUCAUAGACGAGAUCGACUCCAUUGCGCCCAGAAGAGAGGAGGUCACCGGCGAGGUAGAGAAGAGAGUCGUCUCACAACUUCUCGCACUGAUGGACGGGAUAAAGGACAGAGGAAAGGUGGUAGUGAUCGCCGCCACCAACAGGCCCGACUCCAUUGAUCCCGCGCUGAGAAGGCCGGGGCGGUUUGACAGGGAGAUUGAGAUAGGAAUUCCCGACGAGGGCGGAAGGCUUGAGAUUUUGAACAUUCACACACGUGGAAUGCCACUGGGGGAUGGGGUAGAUCUGCGGCAGAUAGCAAGGAUCACGCACGGUUUUGUGGGCGCGGAUCUGGCGGCGCUCUCCCGAGAGGCCGCCAUGAGAUCGCUCAGAAGGGCCCUGCCAGAGAUUGAUCUUGACCAGGACAAGAUCUCCGGCAGUGCGCUGCAGAAGAUCAAGGUGGGACAUGAUGACUUUGGGAGCGCGCUGAGGGAGAUAAAACCCUCCGCCCUUCGCGAGGUGUUGGUUCAGAUACCCGACGUGUCCUGGAACGAUGUGGGCGGGCUGGGGGAGGCAAAGGAGGAGCUCAGGGAGGCUGUAGAGUGGCCUCUGCAGUAUAGGGAUGCCUGUGAACAUGCCGGGGUCAGGGCCCCCAAAGGAAUUCUGCUUUACGGCCCGCCGGGAACGGGAAAGACCCUCAUCGCAAAGGCUCUGGCAAAGACGACCGAGUCCAACUUUAUCAACAUAAAGGGCCCCGAAUUGCUCUCAAAAAUACUGACUGAGAUUGACGGACUGGAGGAACUGCACGGCGUACUGAUCAUCGGCGCAACAAACAGGUUGGAUAUUGUGGACGAGGCGAUGCUGCGCCCAGGGCGGUUUGACUACAUCGUGGAGGUUCCGAAUCCGGAUGCGACGGCAAGGGAGCAGAUCCUAAGGAUACACGCCAAAAAGAAGCCGCUGGCAGGCGACGUGGAUAUGGCAAAACUUGCCGGACUGACAGGCGGACUGAGUGGUGCCGAGCUUGCCGCGAUUGCAGACAGGGCAGCCAAGGAUGUGUUGCGGCGCCACAUUGCAUCCGGGUCUUCGAACGUGAGUGAGAUCAUUAUUGCCCAGCAGGAUCUGGAGGAUGCCAUCAAAAAGCUCUAUCUUGACUUUGAACCAUGUGACGAGUGUGCCACGAUCAUGGACGCACUCUCCAACCCACAAAUACUCUUCGCUGACGAAGGCACGCGAAAGGACGAAUCGGCAAAGUUUCUGAGGCACCUGACCUAUGCCCAUCCAGAAGUGGUACGGGCAGUAAUGAACGACCUGCCAAAACAGAAGAAACGCCAGGAAUACGACUUUUUCAAAUAA